AAAGUAAAAAAUAAAUAACGAAUGCUUGUGAAUGUUAUUCUAAUUAAAUAAAAUGUGGUCACUUAUAGAAAAAAAUAAAAAUGACAUCAUAUAUCUCUCACUCCUUUUAUUUAGUGUUUUAAUUGGACCAUAUUACAGAAAACUAAAAACAGUUGAGACUAAAAAAUGGGGUGGAACUAUUUUAGGUUUAAUUUUAAUUGUUAUUGUGUCUGGGUAUAGUGCUGUACAUCCUGUUUUAUCAGCUUUCAUAGGUGUAUUAGCCAUAAAGCUGGCAACUAUAAAAUAUUGCCAUAUUGUAACCUUUUUCUUCAUGUUCGGUUACUUAUUCUUCUUUCGCUUAGCUGACAAAUUUGGGUUUUCUUUAUCCUCUGGCCAAACAAAUCUAAUUGAGAUGAUCAUUGUUUUGCGAGUUGUUGGUGUUGCUUUUGAAAUGAAUGGAUCCUGGUUAGCAAUGGCAAAAGCUAAGAAACAAAAUGAUGAAUUAGUUAAAUCUGUUAAUAUAGAGGAUGCUGGCAAGAAGGUAGAGAAAGAUGAUGAGUUCCUUGAGUUAAUUAAUCCAGAUUUUAUUGAUUUAAUUCACUAUUCCUUCAGUUACAUUGGAUUGCUAACAGGUCCAUACUACAGAUAUCGCACCUUUAAUGAUUAUUUCUACUUGCCAUUCAGCAAGCAAGCUGAUUGUUUUGGAUCAACAAUAUAUACCCUUAAAUCUGUACCUUUGUAUAUCUCAUUAUAUUUGGCUUUUUCUCAUAUGUGCCCAUUGGAGUAUGUCUUAACUGAGGAGCAUAAUAACAGGAGCUUUCUUUAUCGAAUGAUGUAUCCAUGGGUGUUAUUUGCUGCAUUUAGACAAAGAAUUUAUGCAGGGAUGACAUUGGCUGAGAGUGUGUGCACUUCUGCAGGCCUUGGGGCAUACCCAGUAGCAGGCAAGAAUAGGACAGGACAUGGUCCAACUGUUGGGUACUCAAAGUUGAAAGAAAUGUCAGAGGAUGAAGCAAAAUCAACAGAAUAUGACUUCAUAACUGUAGAGUCUAUGGAGGUAUGGCAAUGUGAGUCAGUAGUGACUCUAAGAGACUCAAUGAAAGUAUGGAACAAAGCUGUGCAGUAUUGGGUGGCCAUGGUUGUUUAUAAGCGGUUUCCAAUUAAACCUCUCAAGGUUCACGCGGCACUUUUCGUAUCAGUGAUAUGGCACGGUUUUCACGCUGGUUAUUUCUUCUGUAUUUACUUCUGUCCGUUCUAUUUGAUGGCUGAAGAUAUUUAUUUCAAAUUAUACUAUAAGGAAGCAACUGGAAUGAAAAAAAAGAUAAUCGGUUUCAUAAUGUGGUUCCUUCGAUCACAUUCAGAGUCCUAUCAGGCCGCUGCCUUCCUGCUACUCACCUUUGACAGAAUAUGGAUAUAUUAUUCAUCAGUCUACUUCUAUUGGUAUGGAGUGUGGCUUGUCUUCCUAAUAUUGGGAAUAAUUUUGAACCAAAUACAUAAAAUGAAUAAAAGUGACUGAGAUGUACAGAAUGUGUUAAGAAAACUGAAUGUUUUUUUGGUAAUUUUAGUUUUUGUCAAUUAUUGAUGGGAUCAUUUUCUUUAUGAAAAUCAUGUUGUGUAGAGUUCCAUAUAUUUUUGUAUAAUGGGAAUUCGUCUGCUGUGGUAAAUAAGAUAAAUUGGUUUUUAGUCGAGUUAGUUUGGUUUUGUAAAAUUUUGAUCUGAAAACUAUGGGUUUUAAAUGUAUAAGUAACAAUUUAUUUAGAAAUAUUUUAUAUUUUAGAAUCUCGUUUAAUGCAAUUUUAUCAAUUACUAACAUAAUUAAAAAACUCAAUCAUUACUUUAAUACUGGAUCUAUUAUUGGACCAAGAGCAGUUAAAGUAAUUAUGUAUAGAUAUAAUCCCAGAGGUAUCUCAAUCAUUUCGCUUUGUAGAAUAAAAAGGCGUGCACUUAUGUAGGUACAAUUAAUAAAUUUAAAAAACUUUUGUAAUUAACGCCAUCUGUCAGAAACUGUCAUUUGACAUAAAAAAACAUGGGGUUAUGAAUAUUCUAUGGUCCAUAUGCUGUUAGCGUCAGUUUGUUUAGGAUCUUGACUUGUAAUGGUUGUUAUUGUUAACCAUUCCUAGCAGUUGCAUUUAUAUUUGUAAUCUUGGAGGAAAUUUUGUAUGAGAUGAUUCAAACGAAUCUUGUUGUGUAGAGUUCCAUAUAUUUUUGUUAAUAAAAUUAAAGAUCUGA